AUGGCCGCCAAGCUCGCUUUGGUAUUGCUUGUAGUCGCAUCCAUAUGUUCUCACUCUGAAGCCUCCAAGCUCAGAACUACCACCAUGACCUUAUACUUCCAGGACUGGUCUGCAGGGCCAAACGCCACUGUGAUCCCCAUCACGGGCCUCCCCGGUCGCCUCUGGUCCUUCUUCAGCUUCGGAACAGUAUUCUGCACUGACGACCCUAUCACUGAAGGAUUAGACAAGGCGUCCCCUGAAAUUGCCAGAGCACAAGGCAUAUACGUGACUUCUGCAUUAGAUGGUUCCAACACUCAUGUUCUGAUCUCAAUUGUUUUCACAAACAGUAAAUACAACGGGAGUACAUUAGAAGUGCAAGGAGCUAGCCGUCAGAUUGAUAACGUGAGAGAAGUCGCGGUGGUUGCAGGUACGGGGAAAUUCAGAUAUGCAAGAGGAUACGCGACGUUUGAGACUGUUUAUCUGGACAUGUCACUUGCAUACUCAGUGAUUCAGUGCAAUGUUACCGUCAAGCAUUACUAG